UAAACGAAUAAUAAACACAACUUUUGUAAAGUUCUAACAAUAUGCAGUAGAAUUCGUAGUUCUGUUAAAUUUCCGUGUGUUUUAUUUCUUUAGGAAACUAAUCGAAUUGACUGUUUUCAUACUUGGGCCGCUUUCCUGGAAUCGUGCAACCAAAUAAAUCAUACCAUAUGUUGCAUAUUGCCAUUUAUUUCCUCUAACCUGAAAUUUGGCAACGGGGCCCAACGAAUCCGCUACUGAGCAAACAAAAAGCUGCUCGCAUGGGGAAAACAAACCACAACAAUGAUCCCCAAGAGAGCCCCAAAACAAAUCGAAAAUAGAGGAGAAACGUGCUAUCCAAAUUUUGGGGCUCUCCUCAUGUGUUCAGCAUGUGAGCGGCUAGAUCCGGAGUGGAGCAAACUGGCUCAGUGUCGUUUUGGCUAUAAAGACAGUCGGUCGUAAAGAGUCGUAAAGGGCUGAUAAAACGCGAUCAACGCAAAAGUUUUGGCUGAAGAUAAACAGCGAACAUCGGAAAAGUAAACAGAGUUGCAAAAACAAAUGUUUGACUAAUCGUAAUUGGAUAAUUAUAUCACAAUGGACGCAGUGCAGCAGCAAACAAACAGCAGCAGCAACAUCGACAGCGCCAAAUGCCAGAAGCUGAAGAGAUUCGUGAUCGUGGGCCUGCUGAUCACCAUUGGCAUCUUGAGCUGGCACUUCUACGAGUACUUUCAAAGCAAACCGCUGCCCAAGACGCCCGAUGACGUCUUGACGCUCUCAAAGAAUCUCUACGCGGAGGAGACCGAGGUCAGUCCAUACCUCUACAAGGUGAAUAUUCAGGGGAAGACCACUCCGGGCGCUCAUGAUGAUCGCGCCCCCAAAAACCUCUUUGAACUGCACCAUGAUCUGCUGGCCAGGGAUGCCAACUCCACCACCGCUCUUCUAAUGAGGCUCUUCGACAACUACGAGUUGGACGUGGCUGUGCAGGAGCAUCCAACGCCGGAGCACGUCCAGGAGCAGCACGAUUUCCUAAGGGCCGUGAUGGGAACGCGUGUGAUGAAGCUGACCAUGCGUUUUUUGGUAAACAAGGAUAUUGUGAGCGUGGAAUAUGACGAUCAGCUGCGCCUGCUGCAGGAGCUUUGGUUCACUCCCAUCUCCAAAGCACGUGGUAUUUGGGGCAGUUCCAGUUUCGAGCACGUCUUCAUGGCAGAGACUCGGGACCAGAAGGUCCUGGGACUGCAUAACUGGUUGUACUUUGCAGAUCAGGAACAACGCGGCAAUGUGGACUACAAGGGUUGGCUGAGCCACAAGGAAAUGGGAAAGCACAACCAAAUGGUUUUGGGUAUGCGCCUCACGUUCCACAACCUCAAUAAGCCAGUCACCGGCUUCUUUGUGGGCACCUCGCCCGAGCUGGAUAUGGCCCUGUUCACCGCCUGCUUUCUGUCCACGGAGGAGAAGGAACCCUGCAAUAUCCAGCUGGGCCACGUCUCCGUCAGCAUUUUCUCCGCCGGAUGGAUGUCGAAUGGAACGCGCCGGCUUAUAACCGCCUAUCCGGACGGCCUGUAGAUCGUCCCCCACCCAUAUCGCAAACUCAGUAAAAUUACUUACAUUCUUGUCGCUGUGUAAUCCCAUCGAAAUCAGCAAAAGGCUAACCUUCAAACUCAAA